AUGGUAACAAAUGAUGUGUAUGGUACAGUUCCCCAAAGGGGUGUGUACAUAGAAUUUCCUAAACUGAAAUUUGGAAUCAUGAUCUUUGGAGAAGAGCAAAAACAUGUUGGGUCGGAAUGCAAUGGGAAAAUGAAAGUUUAUAAAGGGUACAUCGACGAUGGUUCCACAAUUGUCGCUGUAAAGAGGUUGAAUCCAAAGUCCAACCAAGGUGCUGAUGAGUUUUGGACUGAGAUAGAGAUGCUUUCCCAGCUUUGGUACACUUAUCUUGUCGCUCUUAUCGAGUACUGCAACGACUGCAAUGAGAUGAUUCUUGUUUACGAAUACAUAGCCCAUGGAACCCUUGCUGAUCAUCUCUACAAAAUUAGUACAGGAGGAGAUGGAAUUGGUCUCACUUGGGAUCAAAGGCUCAAUAUUUUCAUUGGUGCUGCACGCAGAUUAGACUAUCUUGAUACGGGCACCUAA